CCUAACUAUAAUUUGUUUAGUGUUUUAAAAAAUAAAUAAAGCAUAUUUUCUGUAUUGAUAUGAAUCUACAGUUCAUAACGGUCCUGUACAGAAAAUAAAUCCGAUGAUAUACUCAAUAGUCACCUAUAAAGUAGGAAGAACAUUCCUCCUAAUAUACAUUUGCGUGUGAUAAAUUCCAGAUAAAAUCUCAACAAUGGAUCUAAGGAGAAAGAAAAAAGACACUAAGGUCCACUCAAAGAAAGACAAGAAACUAAAGAAACUCAUCAGCAAAUCCGAGUCGGAUUCGGAUGAAAGCGAACACGAACUUUCCUACUACCUCAACGACAGAGUUAAACUCAUGAAAGAGGUUCUGAAGAUAAUUAAACCUAAAAAAAUUAAAAGCAUGGCUCCCGAAUGCAUAAAAAACCUUGACAAUGAAGAAGUUAAUUCGAUGCUCUUAGAAGAACUGCUGGGUAUAUCUAAUAAGAGACUGAAAUAUAUUUUCAAUGGACAAAAUCUGGAAGAAGACAGCAGCUCUACGGAUCCCGAAGCAGAACAACAACCAAUUGACGUCAUAUCAUUAGAUGAUAUCACCGAUGACGACUUUGUCAUUGAUCUUGACUCGGAAAACGAAAAUAACAAGAAACGGCAUAAGAAACACGGUAAAAUUAAAAUCAAAGAGGAAUGCAAAAGGAAAAAAGUAAAGAAAGAAAAGCAAGAUAAAACCGAUCACAGUAAGUCUUCUAAGAAAUCCAAAGACCCUGACAAAGACAAAAUGGACGAACAGAAUUUAAUGAGCGUUCUAGAACUGUUGGAACUGCAAGCGAGAGCUAGAGCCAUUAGAUCCCAGUUGGCUUUGGAGAGCAGCAAAAAGGCGCAAGAGCAAGGAAAAAGUGAGGCAAAAGAAGCGAGAACCGAAGGAUCUGAUAAUGACGAUGCUAUUAUAAUUGAGAGCCCUAAAAAUAUCGAGAUUGUCAUAACUUCCAGCGAUUCUGAAACCGAGGAUAAAGAAAGAAAUAGUUCUGAGAAACGGAAGAAUACCUCAGAACGUGAAAAUAACUGCGGUGAAAUUGGGAGUGAUAAAACUAGUCAGAAAGGUAUUGAUUUGAAAGAAGAUAGUGUUAAAGAAAGUGAGAAUGCUGCGAAAAAGAAGUUUAAUUCAACGAAUGAAAGUAGUAAACCAGUUAAGAGCAGCAGUGAAAGCGGCCAGAAGUUAGAAAGUGAUGAUCAUGAUGAAAAAGAUGUACUUGAAGAAACAAGUGAAAGUAGAGAAAAAGAAUUUGGGAAAUCUGAAAAUAAGAAUACAGAAGUACGAAAUAAAAUAAUUAAUGUGGAAACGGUGAUUAUAACACCUGCUAAAAAUGCUAUAGUAUCCAGUAACGUUGAAAGAAACAAAGAGAAAGAAAAUGAAAAAUCAAGUGGAAAUUCGGAAGAUUCAGAAAAGACAAAGUCAAAAUAUAAGGAAUUGGAAAAUGAGAAAGAUAAUUCAAGUCAUUCCAAAAUCUACAAAAGUGAAACUAAUGUAGCUGACGAAAGUGACGGUAUCAUCCUCAAUAUGGAGCAGUCUGAAAUUGAUUGCAUUAUUUCUGAUUGAUAUGGGACUGCAAAAAACUUGUUUCAAUUGAAUAUUGUUAUAAUUUCCUUUUUAUCAUACAUAACCUGCCAAAAAAUUAACUUCGAGGUUGCUUUCUGACUUGAAUAUUUAUAUUAGUCCGUUUAUUGUUUCACCAGAUUAUUUUGCAAUGUCCUUUAUAUUGAAAUAGGUAGGCAAACAGUAAUACAAGAAUCUGUAUAGUG